AUGGUUCCUGUAGCUCUACUGUGCUCUGUGCUUCUUCUAUACCUUACUCCUCCAACCAGCCCAGCAUGCUUUCUGGGAAAACAAGCAGAGUGUCAAGAUGCCAGUUUUGUGCCAGGAUCUGACUUGGCUGGGGAGGGAUUCGACAUUACUAAGAUGCAACGCCUGGGGACCUUUGUCUUCGACAUGAGUAAGUGGGAUCUCAAUAACAACACGUGUAAUCUGUGCAAAAACCCAUUCAUGCAGAACGAAAAGCAGAAGCUCCCGGUGUCAGCCGUCUACUGGAGGGCAUCUCAAAAGUGCACCAUGUCCCUAUCCAGCUCUGUUUAUGAGUCCAGCGAGUCCCUGGUCAGUUCCAGCACCUCCUCCAUAGAGAACAACUGGAAAACUGGACUGGGAAUAGGAAAUAUGUUAAGUAAGGUGUCUCUGAUGGUUGCUGGAACUAACUCAAGGCUUUCUGACUAUUCAAUGAGCAAGACCAAAAAGGACAAAUUCAGCUUCAUCAAGCAGUCUGCAUCCUGCGUGUACUACAGCUACAGGAUUGCCAGCAGCGCUCCUCUUCACCAUGAACUAAGAGAUGACUUCAGUAACCUUCCAGCGACGUAUGACAACCAGACAAAAGAGAGCUACCUGUCACUCGUUGAAAAGUUUGGCACACAUUACAUUAUCCAGGUAAAACUGGGUGGAGGUGUGCAGUCUGUCACCAGUGUUAAACAAUGCAUGGCGACUCUACAAGACCUCAGUGUAGAUGAGGUCAAAACAUGCUUGGACGUCGAAGCAUCUGCAAGUGUGAUGGGGAGGAUAAGUGUAGACACAGCUUAUCGUCACUGUAAACAGAGCCAAGACAAAAAACUGAGCGCACACAGCUUUGCUAACAGUUUCAGUGAUAGGUUAACAGAAAUCACCGGUGGCCAUACUCAAGACAGCGCUCUUCUCUUCUCAGCCAGCAAUGACCCUGGUGCUUAUAAACAGUGGCUCUCCUCAGUGCCUCAACAGCCAGACGUGAUAUCCUUCUCACUGAAACCCCUCCACAUGCUAAUGCCAGCCAAAAACCCCAAACGCGAUCAACUACGCCGUGCCAUUCAUGACUACGUCCUGCAGAAGGCCCUCUUGAAGAAUUGCUCUUCACCCUGCAAAACCGGCAUCGCGACAAACCCCAAAGAGCCCUGCGCUUGCAGCUGCCACAACAAUCCUGCUGUCAAAGCCAACUGCUGUCCCGCACAACGAGGAAUUGCCCAAAUUACAGUGACUGUAAUGAGAGCCACAGGUCUGUUCGGCGACUAUUUUACCUGGACCGAUGGCUACGUCAAGGUCUUUCGAAAUCAAAAGCUCUUUUUAGGGGAAACGCCAGUGAUCUGGAACCAGAACUCACCAAAGUGGAACUGGAGGUUUGAUCUUGGGAGCUUUGUUGUUUCUCAGUUUGGGGGAUUGAAAUUAGAAGUUUGGGAUAGGGAUAAUAAGUGGGAUGAUGAUCUUUUGGGGACGUGCAACAUUCAGCUGAAGGCCGGUGUAAAAAAUGAUUUCUGUCGACUCAAUCAUGGUUUGCUGUAUUUUAAGACGUCUGUGACGUGUGGGCCUAGUUUGGCGGGCUCCUCGUGCACUGAGUAUGUGGGAUCUCCGAUGGCGUCCCACUUGGAGAAGCUCUACGUGUCGAGACAUGCAAGACCUGUCCCGAAAGAUAUGCUGGUGAAAAUGGGGGUGCUCUUAAAGGAGCGUCGAGCCCUGUUGGGUCAGACCAGUGAGGCUGAAAGCAAAAGGCAGAAUUUGUGA